GCAUUGUGUCAUAAAAUUACACCCGCGGAAAGUCUCAAGAUUGGAAAUCCUUCAGUAAGAGAUUCAAAUGACCUCAAACAGUAGGACUAACUGUGCUGCUAUUCUAAAAGAUGUUGUUGCCUACGUUGACGUGUGGUCAUCAAGUAAAACAGAGAAUUACUCUAGACCAUUCAUCCAGCAGCUGCAGGAUAUGGGAGUUGAGGUGUCAAAAACCUUCAAUAAACAAGUCACCCACGUAGUCUUUAAAAAUGGCCAUCAAGCCACCUGGAAUAAAGCCAAGAAGACUGGUGUGAAACUUGUGUCUGUCCUUUGGGUGGCCAGAUGUAAAGAUGAUGGUGAACAUGUUAAUGAAGAGUUGUGUCCGGCAUUAAAUGAUGAAGUUAAUCCAGCACUCAAGAAAAGGAUGCAUCGUUGUAUGCAGCCAAGAGACACCCCUCAGAGGACCCCUGAGAAUGACAGGCGCUUGAAAAAAAAACUGGACAAGAUGAUCAAAGACCUAGUGCCAAAAUCUCCUCUUAUUACAGAUGUGUCCCCUUACAUUAUUGAUGAAGAGAACGGAAUAGUUUACAGUCCUUCUAUGAAAAGGUCUGAGUCCAUGGCACAGCGCCUGAAAGAAAUGAGAGAAAAAAGGGAAAACCUCUCCCCGACAGCUUCACAGAUAAAAUCUAGGUUAUCACCUGAGCUCAAGCCUCCUCUUGGGAAUACACCAUCCCGCUCCUUUUUGCAACAACUGUAUGAAGAACCGGAUGAGGAUUUUAAUGUAUCUGUUGGCUCAAAUAAGACAGAUGGAGAGAAGCAACAUUUUGACACCAUUGAAAUACAGCACAAGAAAGACUUUCAGAAACCUUCGAUGUCACCUUGCAGUGUUGUGCCGAGACAAAAGACAAGUCCGUUACCCAAUUCACCGGCUAAAGAAAAAGCAAAUAAACAAGACAAAAAUCCUAAAAGGACCUCAAUCAAAAGUAAUGGCAUCAAGAAACACAGGUCUUUAGAGAGUCCAUGCCUGGAUGACCUCCCGGAGGGUAGCAAGAGUGUGCAAUCAGUGUUUACGUUUGACAGUUUUGUAGAGGGAAAAAAUAGACGAUCAACCAGCAGAAGUAACAUGUCAAAAGUCACACCACCUGUUAGGAAAAGCAGAACACCACAGUCUCUUUCAGAAUGUAAGCCAACUGUUAAUCUGGACAUUUCUAGUCGCCAUUCUUCUACAAUUUUACCAGACAACCCCAAUGUGCCUAAUCAAACGUCCGUAAAGAUGACCACACUGAAAUUAAAAGUGAGCCAGCGGAGAAAAUCCUUGCUUCCUGCUUUGGCAAGAUCUUGCACUGUCUCAAAUGACUCUCAUGCCUCUUCCUGUGCAUAUGAUGAUGAUGGCGUAUUUGAGGACUUCUUCUCUCCAGCUAACAACCCGCGGAGACAACAAAGUCUCCUUUUGCCCCGCUUGCCCUCAGAGUCAAAUGUUCUUGUUCCCUUUGAACUGGAGCCUCAGCCUAGCCCUGGAAAGCGGAAGAGGGGCAAGAGUGAAACCACAGGGUCUGAGUCGGCCAGUGCCAAAAAGAGAAAACAUGGGGUGCCAAGUGUAAAAGAGUCCAGCAGUGUAAGCACCAUGUUGUCUCAACACGAGCACCCACACCAGGAUACAAAAGGACUUGCAUCCUCAGAGGACAAUAAUACAAAACAAACGGUGACUAAAAGAAGUGCACAAAGCACAUUGCCAUUCUCCAGAGUGCCUAAAGACUCCACCAAUGAACUGACUUGUGCCCCUGAGAAGCAGAUCGCGUCAACAGAUCCCACACAACUUUCAAAACCAAAUUUGGCAGCGGCCAAAAAAUCACUAGAUAAGCAAAACAGUUCAUAUCUCCUACCUCGGCACAAGGACAAUAAAGGGAAAAGUAGCCCACGUUUGGAAAUUGUAGGCAGAGGAACUGCAUAUGCUGCAACAGCUGGUGUCCCGGACACAAUUUCUGACAAUUUAAGCAAACAGAAAGGACAAGUCAAUGUGGUGGAGAAGAGCAUGGACAAAAAUACAAAGACUCUAAGGACGUUAGUUAUGACAAGCAUGCCCACCGAAAAGCAGCACACAGUGACCCAGGUGGUCAGAGCUCUGGGUGGGUUCUCAGUGGUGGCCCAGGUGUGUGAGAGCACUACCCACGUGGUGUCAGGGGGCCACCGGCGGACCCUCAACAUUCUCCUGGGCAUUGCCCGUGGCUGUUGGAUCCUCUCUUUUGAGUGGAUUUUGUGGUGUUUGGAGCAAAGACAAUGGAUUCCAGAAGAACCAUAUGAACUUUCAGAUCAGUUUCCAGCAGCAUCUGCACGUGGAGGCUGGAAGAGUGUGUCAUCGGAACUGCGAGCGGGACAUUCCAUUAACUGCAAAUGUUCUAAUCAGUUGUUUACUCCACUCCUGCCUCUAUGUAUUCCACGAGGAAUUCUUGUUUGUACACCCACAUGAAAAGCGUGACGGCAAACUGACAUUUUAUUUUACCGGCACAACAGCAAAGUUCCUCAUCCUGUCUUCCAAUUUUGAGAGUGAGACAGUGCAAGAUUGAGGUAUUACCUCGGCUCUCACAAAUUGUCUUUUCGUCAGUUGAUGUACAAUGAUUUCCUCUGUCUUCGACUCGGUGUACAUGGGGAAGUUCAAAGGAAGACCUUUUUCCUGUGUUAUUACGUAUAAUGCCAAUAUACCGACAAGCUGUAGUGUAUGAAAUUGACACAUCAGGAAAUAUUUCCUGUUUAAAGGGUAAUUUCAGGUGUUUGUUUAUUAGCAAUGUAUUAGGAAAAUGUAUACUUAUAUUUUGGAUAAGGCUUGUUAAUUGUUAUUAGUAGUGAUGUGCAUAUUACAUAGCUUACUUUUUCCUUUACAAUACCUCCAGAAUUCUGGAUGCGUUGAAUCAAGCUAAUUUUUACCAGUAGAGUCUCUUAACCUUUGCAGAGCUCCUAUAGAUUAGUUCCGCUGAUUUAAUGUUUGUUUUUACAUCAAUCAAUUAAGUAUUGCAAUUCUUUCAUUGAUGGAUAUUAAUGACAAAGUUCUAAUCCUUCCUGGGUAGUCAGUUUGGGACGAAUCCUAACCGCAAACACACGUUACUCUGACUUUUAUGCAGCAUAAAUCAUGCAUGUCAAUUGAUUCGAGAUUUUAGCACAGUUACGCAAAUGUAUCUCACGUAACAAAUCUGUCCUUGGGAGGAUAAAAGCCUGUGAGGCAGUAAAUGCUUAACGAACUGAAUGAAGGAUCAUUAUGGAGUCUAAAGACUAGAGAUUCACUAUUUGAACCACUUCAUUUCUAGGUAUUUAAACUCUUCCGGUGUGAUGGCAUCUUAUUAAAACAGUAGCCCAAUCACUUAAAAGCUAAAUUAUGUUCAGUGCCAAAUUCAAAGCAUCAAAGCCUACAUUAUUCUAAAUAAAGUGUUCUUAAGCAGUGACUCUGCUCUGAUAAAACGGCAAUGACAAAAGGUCUAGGGACCCCAAUGCUUAGUAGCAGCUGAGCUGGUGGAAUGAUUCAGGCCAGGGUCUGUUUCUUUUGGUUUUGAGCUGUGUGAUCAGGCAAUGAGUUGUGCUUGUCUUGUCAGAGCACUAUAGACCUCAUCAUUAAUCAA